AUGGCCAAAAAAUUGCCACAUUUAGUUAAAGAUCUUCCAUUGAUUGUAGUUCACAGAAAGGAUCAACGUGGGACAAGCUAUAAUUUCACAGUAUAUAAAUAUUGUGUCUACAUAGCCCUACGAUACAAAAUUCAACAUGAUAAGUUUUACUCUAAUGUAAUUGUUGAUGAAAAUGCUCUAGACAAUAUACCGCCAAAUUUAGAUCAUAAUGUUUUUAAUGAGUUAAGAACUUUGCAUAUGGAGUUUGAUUCUGAUAGAAAUGAAGUUGUUUUUGUGGGCCCCCUUAUGGAGACAGAUGAGAGAAACAUAAUAGAGUGUACAACAUCGAUGGCAUCCAAACCACCAAAUGCCCAAAGGGAAAUGGAGUUGAUCUGUGCAUGGGUCAACAAUCCUAAUGUAGACCCAACAACAAUGAUGGAUUGGCCCAUGAUCGGUGCAUCUCCCAUAAAUGAAUAUACAACGCCAGGAUUUCUCAACAUGACUUUCCCAUCUUUAUUUCCCAAUGGUAAAUGUGAUUGGUUGGAACCGAGACUAAGGAAAUUACAUCUACAUGAAUUUGCCAAGCACCUCCUACGAUACAGAGAUAAUAGAUUCUGUAAGCAUCCAAGAUUUCGUUAUUAUAUGAUGAACAUGAUUAUGAGACAUCGAGCACAUAGCUCCACAGUUGUUUGUGUAAAAAGAAGUUUGCAUGAAAUGCCAAUCACAAUACAGGAGUUGUGUGAACACAUGGACAACACACCACAUUCGCAUCUAGCAGAUAGAUUGAUGCGAUUUGGAACUAGUUUAAGAGGAACAAGAUCUUAUUGGAUAAAGUGUCGAGCAAAAUUAACAGACAUGCUUCACCAAAUUGGAAGACUAACAAUAUUUUUCACAUUAAGUGCAACAGACUUGUAUUGGCCAAAUUUGCAUGUAUUGAUGCCCGAAACACCACCAAACAAUCCACGAGAAGCACAACUAUGGAGAAAAAAAAAUGUCAUCGAUUAUCCUCACAUUGUUUCACAAUACAUGCAUUCACAAUACUCAACUUUCAGGAAAGAGGUCCUCGACAAGGGCAUGAAUGUCAAAGACUAUUGGUGUAGAUACGAAUGGCAACAUAGGGGAUCCCCACAUGUGCAUGGUUUUAUAUGGUUAAAUGGAGCACCAAAUAUGGAUAAUAUUGAUUGGAAUAAUCCAGAUCAAUUGUACUAUGUUGAAUCAUAUCUACAUGAUUUAGUUCAUGCAUGUAACCCUCGACAAGACACACGCCUCCGAAACAUACAGACAUAUAGGUAUAAUGCUCCAUGGCAUUUAAAUUUAGAAGCUUCUAGAAUUUAUAAAGACUUAGAAAGUGGUGAAAUGAAAUUUGAUCCAUUCAGAAAUGAUGACAGAGUUAACUCAUAUAAUCGAUACAUACUCCAACUAUGGAGAGAAAAUAUUGAUUGGCAACCUAUUAUGUCAAAACAUGUUGUAACUCAAUAUAUUGCAAAGUAUGCAGCCAACGCUGAAAAAAGCUCAAAAACAUACCAUCAGAUGUUAUUACAGUUAGCAAAUAUAGAAAAUCCUGAUGAUUUAGUAGCAAAAGCAUAUAGAAGGCUUCUUACCAAAACACUAAUAGAAAGGGAUAUUGGAGUCCAAGAAACAAGUCACAUGCUACUAGAACUUCCAUUGGUACAAAGUGGUAGAACAUUUGUCAACUUAAAUGUUUCAAGGGAAGUAUUCAAACGCGUAGACUUAAAUACUGAUGAUGACAAUGAAGAACAUACCAUAUCUUUCAUCGAUGCAUAUAGGAACAUGCCACAAAUUUUGGAAGUUGUGUGCCUUAUUGAUGCUGCAAAAUCAUGGAUAUAUAACAGAAAAAGAAGAGGAGAGAACAAAUGGAGUCCAAGGAAAGUCGCUGCUAUUGUAAGAGUAUUUCCUAGAUUCCAAUCAAUUUCUGCACAUCACUCAGAAAAAUGGAUUGAUUUUUUCUCUUCAGAAUUGUUGCUCUAUAAGCCUUUUCGUGAAAUUCACACAGAUAUUGGCCACAAUGAUGAAUCAAUAGUUGCAAAAUGGGAUAACUUUAGAUAUAAUCAAUGGCACCUGGAAAGGAGAGGAGAUAUUGAAAAUAGUGAAAAUGAGGCUGAUUCAGAAUCUGAAGACAACAAUGCCCAAAGUACUACCACAGAGAAUGAAUGGGAAAUUUUAUCUAGACUUCAUCAUGGGCAGAUUAUGCAAGUUUCAGAAAUAGAUAUGUUGGGCAGAAGAGAUAUAGAUCGACAGACAGACUGGUGUCAAUAA